GACAACACCAAACUUUGAUGACAUAUAUAGGUUUCAAUUUUUAGGGUUUCUAAAGGGUUUAAGCUUUUUUCACACUUCCAAAGCUCACUCAACCAUGCCUUCCAAAACUAACCAAAACGAAAAAGAACUAAAAUCACCGUACAAAGUAGAAGAAGAAGAAGAAGACGAUGACGAAGAAGUAGAAGAAGAAGUAUGGGAUGAUUGGGAAGGAGAUGAAGGAGAUUCUGAAUUCAUCUGUCUUUUCUGUGAUUCCAAUUUCACUUCUUCCACUUCUUUGUUCCAACAUUGUUCUUCAAUUCACCACUUUGAUUUUCAUGCUGUUACAAAUUCUCUUCAAUUGGAUUUCUAUGCUUCCUUCAAGCUCAUCAAUUACAUUCGUUUUCAGGUGGCGGAGAGCAGAUGUUGGAGUUGUGGGUUAGCUUGUCAGUCCAAACAUGAUUUGCAGAAUCACUUGCAUGAUGUAACUGACUUCAAUAGUAUUAAGCCUUUGUGGGAUGAUGAUAGAUAUCUAAAACCUUUCAUGCAAGAUGAUUCAUUACUGUACAACUUUGGUGAAUUUGAAGAAGGUGAAGAUGAACAAAGUUCAGUCAUGGAUGAAGAUCUUGUGAGGGAUUUGAAGAAUGCAAUUUACGGUGAUGAUCAAGAUGCAGUGAAAAAAUUGGUAGUCAAUGAGACAGCUUCUGUUUCAGAUGACCAUUCAAGUUUGCCUAGCUCUUCAGAUAAGGAACUUGUUAAUGGGAAGGACUCAAGAGGAUGUAUUUCGUCAAUUGAUAAGGAUCCAGAAGAAGGGUCUUUGACGGGUAAUCCUCAGAAUCACAUUGUAACACAUAUUAGGAAGGUCAAUGAAAGUUAUUUUGGAUCUUACAGUUCAUUUGGCAUUCAUCGAGAGAUGUUAAGUGAUAAGGCUAGAAUGGACGCUUAUGGCCAAGCAAUUUUGAAGAAUCCCUCUCUGCUAAAUGGCGCUGUGGUUAUGGAUGUAGGUUGUGGAACUGGCAUCCUCAGCCUUUUUUCAGCUCAAGCAGGGGCUUCAAGGGUCAUUGCAAUUGAGGCUAGUGCCAAGAUGGCAGCAGUGGCAACUCAGGUUGCAAAAAAUAAUGGUCUCUUGCUGAGUAAAAGCGAAACUAGAGUCAAUGGCAACAACAAAGGAGUUGUAGAAGUGGUUAAUGGCAUGGUUGAAGAAAUUGACAAAAUUGUUGAAAUUCAACCUCACAGUGUUGAUGUAUUGUUAAGUGAAUGGAUGGGGUAUUGCUUGCUGUAUGAAUCCAUGCUUGGUUCAGUGCUUUAUGCACGUGACCGGUAUUUGAAGCCUGGGGGUGCUAUUCUUCCCGACACAGCAACUAUUUUUGUUGCAGGAUUUGGAAAAGGAGGUACAAGUCUUCCAUUUUGGGAGAAUGUGUGUGAUUUUGACAUGUCUUGCAUUGGGGAGGAGCUUGUCACAGAUGCUGCCCGAUAUCCUAUAGUUGAUGUCAUAGACCAUCAAGAUUUAGUUACCGGUUCUACUAUUCUUCAGACCUUUGACUUGGCUACCAUGAAGCCCCAUGAAGUGGAUUUCACUGCAACAGCUUCUUUGGAACCAAAAUUGAGUGCUUCAGAAGAUGAAAAAACACAUUUGAAUUCUAAAACAUGCUGCUUGUGCUAUGGAGUUGUCUUAUGGUUUGAUACUGGAUUUACAACUAGAUUCUGCCAGGAAACACCAACUGUGCUGUCAACAUCCCCGUACACUCUGAAAACACAUUGGUCACAGACAAUAUUAACCUUUCGGGAACCGAUUGCCAUUGGAUUAGGCAAAGAAAACGGGAUAAAUUCGGAAACGGUUGGCACUGAAGGCUACCCUGCCGUGAAGAUUGAUUUGCGUAUCAGCAUUGUCCGUUCUACUGAGCAUCGUACUAUCGACAUUUCCAUGGAAGCUACUGGUGUUGCUCCCGAUGGUCGGAGACGCAGCUGGCCAGCUCAACUUUUUUCAUUGCAGUAGUAUGCAAUGCAUCACAUGCCACAUAAACAACACAAUUUUGCCAUGUUCCUCUUUUAUUCCCUAAUCUAUUGGUUUUUAUUUUUAUUUAUUGGAAUAGAGCCGCUUGUACUUGGUGUUUUGUCAGCAAGAACUUUUUGUCUAGUUCCAUAGCUUCUUUUUCCUCUUCGUUGUAAUUGAUCGGUUAUUGUUAUUGAAACUCUUAUCUAUUAAAAUUUCCCCUCAAAGUUGUAGUUCUUUAAAAUUGAAGAUAUUUUUUAAAUUCAUAAUUUUGUAUAGGAACUGAAAACUCAAUUUGGUCAUGGGAAAAAAAUUGAGACCUAAGUUAAUCUCUCAGAAAAAUAAACACUAAUAGUUUCUUACAAUAUUAAACAGAGAUAUGUUGGUCUCAAUUAAUUUCUAUCACUAAAUUAAACUUUCUUUGUUGAGUUGGUAUUGUACAAUUGUUUAAUUGGCAUUUUUUCCAGUUUUGUGUGAUAGAGAAAUGGAAAAAUAGUUGGUAAGAUUCAAAUUA